UCUUUUAUCUUUUAUUCUAUCAAUUUUUCCUUCUCUGCGGGCGAGGCUGAUACCCAAAGAUUUAUCCGACAUAUUCAGCCACAACGUAAAUGCAAAAUGCACUUAACGUUCAUAAAAUAUUUUCCCCUUUACGCUCGAACCCGGCAGGACCUUUUCAGUCUGGAUGAGACGUCAAAGGGUCUCUGCUUCUCUGGAAGAUUGUUGGAAGCUGUCGAUCUCUUGUGCCGUAAAGGAUUGAGCGCGGAUCCUCAGACCUAUGCUCUUCUACUGCAGGAAGCCAUUAACCGGAAGGAAAUAAAGCUCGGCAGAAGAAUCCAUGCACAAAUGAUAACCACCGGGUUUGUGCCGCAUGAAUAUCUCAGGACUAAAUUAGUCAUAUUAUAUGCCAAGAAUGGAUACAUGGAGACCGCGCACCAGAUAUUCGAUAGAAUUCCUCAUAGAGACCUGGUUUCAUGGAAUGCGAUGAUCUCGGGGUACGUGCGGAAUGGUCUGGAGCAAAAGGGUCUGAAUCUGUAUUAUUCCUUGCGAUCGUCUGGCCUGGAGCCAGAUCAGUUCACAUUCGCCUCGGUGUUCCGAGCUUGUGCCGGGCUCGCGUUAUUGGAACAUGGGAAGCGGGCGCACAGUGUUAUGAUCAAGACCCAGAUGAAGGCUAAUGUUGUUGUCAACAGCGCGCUUGUGGAUAUGUACUUCAAAUGCAGCAGUCUGAGUGAUGGUUACAUGGUUUUCAAGGGUUCGUCCGAGAGGAAUGUUGUUACAUGGACAGCUCUUAUAUCAGGAUAUGGUCAGCAUGGGCGAGUUGUCGAGGUCCUCGAGCUUUUCCAUCAGAUGAUAGAAGAUGGUUUUUGUCCAAAUCAUGUAACGUUCCUUGCAGUUCUUUCUGCUUGUAGCCAUGGAGGCCUUGUUGACGAAGGAUGGAAAUAUUUUUCUUCCAUGAGAAGAGAUUAUGGGAUUAGGCCAAGAGGAGAACACUACGCAGCAGUUGUGGAUAUGUUGGGGCGAGCAGGGCGGUUAGAUGAGGCGUAUGAAUUUGUUAGGAAGUCACCUUGUGAGGAACACUCAGUAAUCUGGGGAGCUUUGCUUGGUGCUUCUAGGAUUCAUGGAAAUAUAGAGCUGGGGAAGCUUGCAGCAAAGAGAUUUUUCAAAGCGCAGCCAGAAAAUGCAGGCAAAUAUGUUGUUCUAUCAAAUACUUUUGCAGCUUAUGAGAUGUGGGAGAAUGUUGCAGGUGUUCGAGGAAUGAUAAGAUCUUUAGGAAUAAAAAAGGAGCCCGCUUGGAGCUUGAUUGAAAUACAAGGAGAGGUGCACACAUUCCUUGUUGGAGAUAAAUCUCACGAACAAAGCGAGAUGAUAUAUGAGAUGAUCAAUUCUCUAUGUUGUGCUUUAGCUGAAGCAGGUUAUGCUUCCGAUACAUGACGUAUUUGAUCGAACAACAAAAGGAUGAAAACACAUAUAGCAUGUAAAAUAUACUUGACAAUUCAAAGGGGUCGAGUGUGACAAAUGGUUCAUAAAGUUAAUUUUUGUACAAGCCAAUUUUUUAUAAGAAAUAAAAAUAGAGAAGAGAAACAAGAACCUUGAAUCGAAGAUAUUUGGAACAA